AUGAUCUUCCUGCAACUUAUUCUCAGUGCCCUCACGGGCCUGAGCAUGCUCAGCAACUUCCUGCACCAACUGAACCUCGGGGUCCCUCGCGUCUUUCCUCUCUCGCUUGGACAGCAUUCGAGCCUCGAUAUCAUCCCUGUGAUCCGACCCUUUUCUUUUGACUAUUCCUUGGAUCUUUUCCCUGCUGGCGGGGCCAAUGAUUUGCAUGUCCAUGGGCCCCUUCUCAAUGUCUCCAUCUCCGUUAGUGUCAGCUCGAAUCCCCUUUCCAGUUCCAUUUCUUCUGUCAAGUCUAUCGUAAUCACCAAGGAUGUAAUUGUAUACGUCGAUACCGAGGCUCCAAGCACUCCUUUGGAGGAUCUCGUCCCGUUUGAGGAUUUCAACCCCAAUCCUACCGCCGUGGAGGACUUCUGGUUCCCACCUGUUGUCAAGGACCUCGCUCGUCUCCUCCCCCACCCAUCGAAGGAUCUGGUCAUCUACAGUGCGCCGCUACCUCCGGCUAUUUUCGUUCGAGGGCCGACGGGUCUCGCCGUCUACCAACCCCCAAGGGCUGAGUGCCAAGCUCCCGCUCAAGUGGACGUUCCUGGCGCUGGUACGCCUAGGACUCCGACUGAAGAUUGCGAAGUUGAGAAGCACUAUUUUGGAGGUCAGGCUGAGUCGACCUUCGUUCCUCUUGAGCACGUCUCCCAUUACACCACCGACGUGGCUGCUGUGUCUGCGUAUAUCCUGGCUAGAUGGAUCCACUCCCAACGGAGGAAACGCGCUCGCCGAUCGGCUGAAAGCGGCCGCCGGUAUAUGGGUUCGUUCUGCCAGAAGAUACCGAUUUUCCAGGACUACAUUAUCUAUUCGGAAGCGCUACUUUUCUUAUCCGACGUGGAUCAUCAAGGCGCUCCUGCCAAUGCCGCUGUGUCUGAUUCUGCGACCCUGGACAAGGCCGCGAAGGAGAAACAACGUUAUCGCGCCCGGCGCUGCCGCAAGCGGCGCGCCCAGAGACAGGAGCAAGAGCAUUUGGAAUUCCUACGGGAGUACGAGCGUGGCUUCUGGCUUGCGGUCUUCGGUCGGCUUCCUGCGGAUGGUGAUAUCGGUGUGCCCGGUCAAGUCGUUGGCGAGACCGACGGCGAUGGUGGACGUUUCAAGCACCUAAGAAUCGUCUCAAGCUAUGCCACUACUGUAUUAUUAGACCGGUCCGAUACCCCGUCAUUUCCCGGCUCCGUUCCCAAACAGCCUAGCAUCUGGUUCUUUGACUUGAAAUAA